AUAUUCGGUUUCGGCUCCGUCUCUCUUCUCCCUUUGAUUUAUUAAGAGUCAUUUUUUUUGACCAACAAAAAGAGAAAAAAAAAAAAAGAAAAUCAAAAAUCAAAAGGGAAAAAACGCUUCACUUUCAAUGCCGUUGAAAGAAUCGAAUUAAUCAGCUUCACACUCUCUGUAGCUCAGAUUUUCCGGAGUUGAAAUUCGUGAAAAAUCGCUUCGAUUUUCAUUUUUUCUAUUCUUAUAGGAAUUUUGGAUUCUCCAAAGGAAACGAAAAGAGCUCUUGGAUUUUCUCUCUCUUUCCUUCUUUAUUUUUCCUUUUGGUGUUUGGCUCAUUGCGUUAGGGUUUGUAAAUUUUUAUCUUUCUUUUAUUUUUAUUUUUUGGAAAUGAAAUCUUCGUUUGAUAAACUUCGAAGAUUUGCGCUUCACAAGAACGAUGCCAAGGAUAAAUUAGAUUUUUUAUCUUCCGCUCAUUUGGAUGAACUCGCUCAAGCAGCUCAGGAUAUGCAAGACAUGAGAAAUUGCUAUGAUAGCUUACUUUCUGCGGCUGCAGCAACGGCAAACAGUGCAUAUGAAUUCUCAGAGUCACUGCAAGAAAUGGGCUCCUGUCUGCGGGAAAAAAGAGUGCUACCUGAUGAUGAAGAAAGCAGUAGAAUUUUGUUAAUGUUGGGGAACUUGCAGUUUGAACUCCAGAAACUUGUGGAUGACUAUCGUGCACAUAUAUUGCUGACAAUUACAAACCCAUCAGAGUCACUUCUCAAUGAGCUUAGGACUGUUGAGGAUAUGAAGCGGCAGUGUGAUGAAAAAAGAAAUGUCUAUGAAUACAUGGUAACACAACAGAAAGAAAAAGGAAGGUCAAAAGGUGGAAAAGGCGAAACUUUCACUUUGCAGCAAUUGCAAACAGCUCGUGAUGAAUAUGAUGAAGUGGCAACCCUUUGUGUUUUCCGGUUGAAAUCUUUGAAGCAAGGGCAAUCCAGAAGUCUUCUAACACAAGCUGCCCGUCACCAUGCAGCUCAGUUGAAUUUCUUUAGGAAAGGACUUAAAUCACUUGAGGCUAUUGAGCCUCAUGUUAGGCACGUUACAGAACAGCAACACAUUGAUUACCAGUUCUCUGGCCUUGAAGAUGAUGAUGGGGAAGAUGGUGAGCUUGCCUAUGACCCAAACGAAGACGGGGAAUUGAGUUUUGACUAUAGAGCAAAUGAGAAGGGGCUUGAUGUUACUUCUGCAUCAAGGAAUUCAAUGGAGGUAGAUGAAGUAGGUCUUUCAUUUCCUCAAAGUUCAAAGAUGGAAAAUGCAGAGGUAAACCUGGAGAAAAGCCAUGGGGAUAUUCUGGUCUCAGGUAGGGAGCAUAGAGUGGGUAGCCAUUCUGCUCCCAUAUUUCCAGAAAGGAAGCUUGAUCCAGCUGACAGAGUAAAACAAAUGCUGCUGUCAUCUACCAAGAAGUCUAACACAUAUGUGCUUCCAACACCAAAUGAUUCAAAGAGUGCAGUCUCUUCAAGAACAAUUAGCCCAAUUCCCCCCACCAGACCAACAAAUGUAGCUGGACGUCCACACAAUUUGUGGCAUUCUUCCCCACUAGAGCAAAAGAAACAUGAGAAGGAUUCUGGUGAUGGUCAGUCAGAGUUUACCAUCUUGAAAUCUGAGUCUGUCCUCAAGGAGUGCAACAGUAGUAAUCCCUCUACACAACUACCUCCUCCCUUGUCCGAAGGACCGGUACCUACCCAGUUGGAUACUUCCUCUGAAGCCAAAAAGAUAAAAAGAAAAGCUGUUUCUGGCCCAUUAACUAGUAAACAAUUGCCAACAAAGCCUUUAUCUGCGACGGGUCCCAUUCCCUCUGCUGAACUUCCCCAUUUAGCUUCUGCAGCAUUUUCUCAUUUGCCAAUUCCUCAACCUUUAUCACCUCCAAAAGUAUCCCCAAGUGCUUCACCUCCCCUUGUCUCUUCACCUAGAAUAAAUGAGCUUCAUGAGCUUCCAAGGCCUCCUGGUAGUUCAGCUGCCAAGCCAGCAAAAUCUCCUGCCUUGAUUGGUCACUCUGCUCCACUAGUCUCAAGAAAUCACGAGGUUUCUACAAGUAAUAUUCCUUCACUGGCAUCAAGUGGAGCGUCUCCUCUUCCAACUCCACCUUUGGUUGUCCCUCGAAGUUUCUCUAUACCCUCUAGCAAUCAAAGAGCAAUGGCGAUUCAUGUUUCCAGGCUUUUGGAGACUCCACACGACAAGGAUGGAGACGUCGCAUCCCCUCCAUUGACACCCAUUUCCAUUGGAAACAUCAAAACAAUACCAGGUGUUUCUGAAGUGGCAUCUCAUUCAGGCCAAAUCAGAGGCGGGAGCUGACAUAAACCUCGAUUCAUUUCCACCGGGUCAAAAUUUUCAAGUCUCAGCUAUCCAUAAACUCUGGCGUAGGUCUGUAAAUAUGACGUUUAGCGAAGCGUUUAGGUUCUCAUCUCAAUCUUUGUUGGCCAUCUAUUAGCGAUGAUGAGAACUAAACGCCACAAGAUUUGAGUCAAUGUUACAUAUCAACGUAUAUUCUUCACAUGAGGAAUUUUUGUACAUUUUUUUUUUUUUUGAGUUCUUUUGAUGUACGCUGCUGAGGAAGCACCAAAAGGGGGAAAAGGAUUUGGCAUUUGCAUUUGUCAGGCAUUUGAAAGCCUUGCCACGCAAAUUCUCUUGUAGCAUGAAUCAUGAUGCCACAAUAAUGAGUGCAUUUAUAUUGGAUUGGAGUUGCAA